UGGAAGCCACCUGGUGUUUGUAACUGAAGUCUGCUGCACGCAGCACCCUCUGGACCUAACAGGGGAAUGAGGCAAAAAUAAUUGAAGGGUAUUUGGCAUGGUUGUGGGCAGAAUGUCCUCAUCAAAACAACACUGAAGAUCUGCUUUGAGUGUGGGUGUGGGUGGGUGUUUGGUCCUUCACUUUUUCACAUGGGGCGACGACAACAGGAAUUAACCCAGCUUCCUCAUUGAGAGGGAUCAUCCAGGCAAGAUCUCUAUUUUAGUUACUCGGGUGACACUGUAGCAGCUUCAGGUUGGACAGACUAUUUUGGGGACCCUUGACUGCUUUCUGGACACCCUCGCUGAGCCAAGUGGUGGAAAUGAAAGAUGAGUGAUUUUGAUGAAUGGAUUUCUGGGAAAUACAGAAAAAUGGAAGAAGGUCCUCUCCCUCUGUUGACUUUUACUACGGCUCCCUACUAUGACCAGAAACCAGGAACUAGUGGAUUACGGAAGAAAACCUACUAUUUCGAGGAAAAACCAUGCUAUCUGGAGAAUUUCAUCCAGAGUAUAUUCUUUUCCAUAGACCUAAAAGAUCGCCAGGGAGCCUCACUGGUGGUUGGUGGAGAUGGGCGAUAUUUUAAUAAAUCGGCAAUAGAGACAAUAGUGCAGAUGGCAGCUGCCAAUGGGAUUGGUCGAUUGGUUAUUGGACAGAAUGGAAUCCUCUCCACACCUGCUGUAUCAUGCAUCAUUAGAAAGAUCAAAGCCAUUGGUGGGAUCAUUCUGACAGCCAGCCACAACCCAGGAGGACCCAAUGGAGAUUUUGGAAUCAAGUUCAAUAUUUCCAAUGGAGGUCCUGCCCCGGAAGCAAUAACUGAUAAAAUUUUCCAAAUCAGCAAGACAAUCGAAGAAUAUGCAAUUUGCCCUGACCUGCACGUAGACCUUGGGGUUCUGGGAAAGCAGCAGUUUGACCUGGAAAACAAGUUCAAACCCUUCACAGUGGAAAUUGUGGAUUCAGUGGAAGCUUAUGCUACGAUGCUGAGAAACAUCUUUGAUUUCAAUGCACUGAAAGAACUGCUUUCUGGUCCAAACCGAUUGAAGAUCCGUAUAGAUGCCAUGCAUGGAGUCGUGGGACCAUAUGUGAAAAAAAUCCUCUGUGAAGAACUCGGCGCCCCCGCGAACUCGGCAGUGAACUGCGUUCCCCUGGAGGACUUUGGAGGCCACCACCCUGACCCCAACCUCACCUACGCUGCUGACCUGGUGGAGACUAUGAAGACAGGAGAGCAUGAUUUUGGGGCUGCCUUUGAUGGAGAUGGGGACCGGAACAUGAUUCUGGGCAAGCACGGGUUCUUCGUGAACCCUUCAGACUCUGUGGCUGUCAUCGCUGCCAACAUCUUCAGCAUUCCAUAUUUCCAGCAGACUGGGGUCCGUGGCUUCGCACGCAGCAUGCCCACCAGUGGUGCCCUGGACCGGGUGGCUAAUGCUACAAAGAUCGCUUUGUACGAGACCCCAACUGGCUGGAAGUUUUUUGGGAAUCUGAUGGAUGCGAGCAAACUGUCCCUUUGUGGGGAGGAGAGCUUCGGGACUGGUUCUGACCACAUCCGUGAGAAAGACGGUCUCUGGGCUGUCCUCGCUUGGCUCUCCAUCCUGGCCACCCGCAAACAGAGUGUGGAGGACAUCCUUAAAGAUCACUGGCAAAAGUAUGGGCGGAAUUUCUUCACCAGGUAUGAUUAUGAGGAGGUGGAAGCCGAGGGUGCAAACAAAAUGAUGAAGGAGUUGGAGGCCCUGAUUUCUGAUCGCUCCUUCGUGGGGAAACAGUUUCCAGUGAGUGAUAAAGUUUACACCGUGGAGAAAAUUGAUAACUUUGAGUACAGCGAUCCGGUGGAUGGAAGCAUUUCAAGAAAUCAGGGCUUGCGGCUCAUUUUUGCAGACGGUUCUCGCAUCAUCUUUCGACUGAGCGGCACUGGGAGCGCGGGAGCCACCAUCCGACUGUACAUUGACAGCUAUGAGAAGGAUCUCGCCAAGAUCUACCAGGACCCCCAGGUCAUGUUGGCUCCCCUUAUUUCCAUUGCCCUGAAGGUGUCCCAGCUCCAGGAAAAGACGGGCCGCACUGCCCCCACUGUUAUCACCUAAGAAGAGAGGCCAGAUGUGGUACGUCCCUCCACCCCAGGUCCUCCGAGUCAUCCGAUUGAAGAGCACAGACAGAAACAAAAUGUAUUCACCCAGGCUUUUUAGGAUUUGGUUUUUCCACUAACCAGUUGUUGACAAAUGGUACUAUUCCGAGGCUCUGCCAACUGAUAUGCCUGCAGGAGCCAUGUGGGAAAGAGAAGAGAAGGAACCCAGGGGCUCAUACUACUGUUGGUUCCUUUUUGUGUCCUUGUGCACCGCCGCCGUGUGGGUAUUUGUCUCCUUAGCAUCGGGUCCUGUUUACACUGCACUGGAAGAUGGAGGUUGAGCAUCAGUGUAUGAGGCCAAUGUCCAUCCUUAGGAUCUGCCCCAUGAUAUGACAGUGAGAAUUCCUUUCUCCUUGGUGAGCCUUUCCCUCAUUUUUUUUUUUUUUAUUUUUUUUUUUUCCUUUCCCUCAUUUAAUGUUUACAUGUCAUCUAACAAAACACAGUUUCUUGUGCCUUCUCUCCAAUCACUUCUUUCUUCAGAGGGAGACGUACUUGUCUACAGCUUUCUCUCAUUUUGCAGCAUAGUCCCAUUCACACAAGUAUUUUGGGAUAUUAAAGCAAAAUAAGGUACCAUG